UUGGCGGCCCGACCCUCGCUGAAGUGAAUGUAACCCGGUUAAGGCGUGUGUGCUUGGCCAGCAUGUCCGGCGAGCGGACCCAAAGUGUCAUCAAGAGAAUAAUCCGCCAGGUCGGCCUGGAGUGCGCUGCCCAAGGACAAAGCCUCUCGGAAACCUUGGUGGCCUUCAUGGUGAAAGCUGUUGUUUUAGAUCCAAGAAAUGACUUUAAUAUGGAUCAAAUCCUUACGGAAAAUGAUAUGCAGGAUCUUAUCCAGCUCUGUGUUACCAGACUGCUUGACACAACAAACCCAUCCCUAAGCACAAUUAAGAUGCAAGUUUACUUUGAUAUGAACUAUGCAAGCCGAGAUGAAUUACUGAGUGAGCAGGAGCGUGUUCUGGAAGGAAAACUGGCUCCUGUGGUUAGAGCUAUCACAGAGAGCCAUCCACGUGUACAAGAAGACACAGAGAAUGUGUAUCAAAAGAUUGUUACUUAUGCACUGCUGAGAUCUGGCCUGGGAUCCCCAACAGAUAUUGAAGCUGUCAGGGAGGUAACAGCUGCCUUGCAGAGUGUAUUCCCCCAGACAGAGAUGAUUACUUUCAUCUCACUCAGUAAGAAGGACAAAGAACAACAGCUGAAAGAUCUUGCCAUGCUAGUCUCAGGAAUUCGUUUGUACAACAAGCAGUGCCAGAAAGGAGGAAGCGGCAUUGAUGACUUGCCAGACAUGCUGAACGAAGCCAUUCUGUUGGCUACAUGGACUCUCGAUGAAAAUCUGAAUUCCUGCAAGCUGCUAGCUCACCGCUACACAGCCCUGCUGGAAUUCAUGCAGGAAGACACCCACAGACACUCCCAGCUUAGUUCUUUAAAAUUAAAAGAAGCACUAUUCAAUGUGAGACAGUACGAAGCCUUCCUUUGCAUCCUUCAGUCUAAUAUAAUUACAAAUGCUCAAGAAGUUGAAUCGUUGAAUGUUCAGUUUGAAGCAGCAAUGAUGGUAUUGAAAAACACAGUGGAGGAUAAGACUUCCAUAGAGUUCAAAGAAGUUUUUCCUCUGUUUAUGGAACUUUCUAAGCUUUGGACCAGCUUUCAGGAUGAAAUGCUACUGCUAAGCUUCCUCACAAAUAUGGCUAACAAUCUGCAACAAUUCUUGGAAACCCAGUCACAGCUUUUUCCAGAGGAAAUGCUAACCUCUCUUCUGGAAGGAAUGACUGUGAAAAGUGAUGAAGAAAGGAUAAAAGAAACCAUGGAAACCAAAGUGAAUGUUUCUGAUUUCAAGAACCAAGAAUGGCUUUUUCCAGAGACUACUGAUAAUUUUGAUCAGUUGCUAAUCCAGUACCAUGGUUUCUGUGCACAUUCAAUUGGUGUGAAAGGUAUCACUCUUCCAGGAAAUCCUGCUAUUGGAAUUUUGAAGCACAAGGAGAAAUAUUAUGUUUUUAGUUCAAAAGAAGCUGCAUACCUCUUUGCUCAAGAUCCAGAUAAGUUCAUUCAAUUGAAUGUAGAAAAAGCAAAAAAAUAUGCAGAGCUAAUUCAACUGCUUGAGCUCCAUCAUCAGUUUGAAUACCUUGUUCCACAUGCACAGGCCAGAAAUGCAAGCAGAGGUUCACUGAAACCACCCCCAAAACGUGACAGUGGCACUCAAACUGAUACUCAUAUCUUGCCUCCAACUAUUGUGAGAUCCUAUGAAUGGAAUGAAUGGGAACUGAGAAGAAAAGCUAUAAAAUUGGCCAACUUGCGCCGCAAGUUGACUCAUUCCAUGCAGACUGAUCUCAGCCACAUGAGAAGAGAGAACUUCACCCAAGUGUACUUGCCAAAAGAUGCUGGCACCCAGACUAAGCGUGACAACUCAAGCAAUGUACCCAAACCCCAGAUUUUCUUGAAAGGCCUCCGAGGAGGACCAUCUCCCACUACUCAUAUGGUCACAGUAGACUUAACAAGACCACUGGAUGAAACCUAAGUGAAAAUGAGAAACCUGAAGGCACACCUUGAAUGUGUAUAAAAAUCCCAUAAUAUAUCUGAUUUUAAACACU